ACCCAGAGGGGCUGGUUCGUUCAGUCUCGCUGAGGUUUUAGCCUUUACUCUCUUUUCUCUGUCUAGGGCUUUAGCGUCUCAGAGAGAGCCAUGGAUAGGUAUCAGCGUGUCGAAAAACCGAGGCCAGAGCGUCCGAUUAGCGAGAAUGAGAUCCGUAUCACCUCUCAAGGCGUUAUCCGAAACUAUAUCAGCUAUGCCACUACGCUUCUCAUGGAAAAACGUGUGAAAGAGAUUGUCUUGAAGGCAAUGGGCCAAGCAAUCAGCAAGACAGUAGCCAUUGCAGAGAUACUGAAGAAGAGGUUUCCAAAUUUGCAUCAAGACACUGCCAUAAGCUCAUUAAGCAUAACUGACAUAUGGGAACCCAUGGAAGAGGGUCUUGUGCCUGUGGAACAAACGCGUCAUGUCUCGAUGAUUUCGAUAACCUUAUCAACUAGAGAGCUAAAUACCAACUCUCCUGGAUACCAAGUUCCAUCUGUUGUAGACCAACCAAAGAGGCAGUACCGUAAUCAGCCGCAGCAACAACCCAGGCUAGCACGUGUUCCAUACAAUGCUGCCUAUGAAGAUUCGUAUGGCCGAGGUAGGGGUCGUGGUAGAGGGAGAGGGCGGAAUUGGGGCAGGGGUGGAUAUGGAAACUAUCAGGGAAAUUAUCAGGGAAACUAUCAAGGCGACUAUCAAGACAAUGGUGAGUAUACAAAUUGGAGCCCAGGUGGUGGCCGAGGAAGAGGUUGGGGCAAUCGUGGUGCUGGAUAUGAAAGAGGCAGAGGGGGCCGAGGCUAUGGCCGUGGCCGUGGAAGGAUGGGUGGUCGUUCAAGGGGAGGUGGUUACCAAGCAUAUUAGAGAGUUGGCUAUUUCUGUUUUCGGAUCAGCAAAAUGCGUACCUUGGCCAUUGGGUAAAUUUUAUCAGUAUGCGUUUUUAUUGAGGGAUGUAGUUUUUAUGAUUGCAUAGCAUUAUAAAGGCAGUGUUUUCAUGCUUUCUCUCUUGAAGAAACGGAUUUGGGCAAGGUUGUUUUGUUGGUCGUUUGCAUUUGGCCGAGAGUUUGGUGUUAGAUAGUGAUUUACUGUUUUGUUGAUACCCUGUCUAUAUCUUAUUGUCAUAUAUUUCUUGAUUCCUUUUAAAAACAAAAAGACUGUCUUUAUCUCUCUA